AUGGCGGAAGAAACUCCGGUCACAUACGAGGAGCUCACUGGCGAGCCCACGAAGAAGCAUAACAAGGCCAAGGCGGUCAUCGGAACCGAACUCAUCGGCUCCUAUGGGAAGACCCGUUCACACGGCAUCAGGCUCGACGGAGACACACGUCCUUUGCCUGGCGACGAUACGGUCGACCUCAGCCACUCCAUAAGGGAACCAGGGUUCUCGUUCGAUGCCAAUAUGGCAGGGUUCGUGAUUCGCCAUGGCGCGGACAAAGCGGAGAGCAGCCACGCUCGUGGCAGAGAGAAGGAGGGAGCCGGUCCGCGAGACCGGCCCCAAGACGACAAUAAACGGUACCUGGCCAAGGAGGAGGUGAGGAACCCACAGCGUCCACGCUCGUUUCCCGAGCACCUCCUCAGCAAAUACGAUCAGCCAUACGACCGACAUCACCGCUACGGCGAAGGCGAGCAAAAAGAUCAUCGGUCUGAUGCGGACGGGAGGUAUCGUCGGACCAACGGCCACGACGACGGGUAUGAACGUCGCGCCGGAGGAAGGUCUGAAGGGUCGGACAACAGCAAACGGACUGAGUCGUCUCAAGAAGAAGACUUCGAGGAGUCGGGUAGAGAAGAAGAUAGGUACCGCCAACCAAGGCGGUGCCCUGACGGACCCAGCCAGUCUCGGGAGCGCCGGGUGCAGCGGCCGCGAAGUUUGGAAGAGGCCGAGGCACGGUACUUCUACAUGUUGAGGAUAUCACGGCCCGAUCUGGCCGCGAAAAUCCAACGAAUGGUGGAGACAAGGGCGCGCCCACCAAAGAAAGUGUGGCGCCUCAAACAGGCUGAAGCCGAUGCACAGGCAUCAACUGAUGCCGAUGCAGACGCAUCGGUAGACACAGACGUGGCCCAGGAAGGGACAACAUAUGAACAGCGCCAUCCAGAAUCGUACCAGGACAAGUGCAGGCGCGUCACCCUGAUCGAGAAGGACGAAGAUGAAGGCCCAGCAAGAGAUCAGGAGUUUACCAAUGUUGAGUGGACCCGGGGGGCAAAACCCGAAUCCUGCAAGGGGGCAAAGCAGCCAGGACCAGCAAAGGGAUUCGACUUCGACUUGAGCAAAACGGAGCAAAUUUUUGAUUGGCUCCUGAAGGAAAAACAGCUGAAGUUACCCGACGGCCACAGGAUCCCCACGUUACAAGAAAUUACCGGCCAACCAUACUGCAAAUGGUGCGCCACAGAAUUCUGGCACUUAGCCAUAUCCGCCCCGCGCCCCCCUGUCUUGCCCACACAGCCUUCUUCUCCCCCAAAUCAACCGUUGUGCCCUAGCCCUCCGCGCCGCCCAACCACCGCCGUGCUCGCCGUGCUCGCCGCGCCCGCUCAACCACCCCACGCUCGCCUAGCCACGCCGCCUCACCACGCUCGCCUAGCCGCGCCGCCUCACCACGCUCGCCUCGCCGCCCGCCGCCCGCGCUGCCCGCCACAGGAGGAGGAGGAGGUUGGGAACCCGCCGCCCGCGCUGCCCGCCACAGGAGGAGGAGGAGGCCCGCUGCCCGCCGUAGGAGGAGGCCCGCCACCCGCACCAUCCUCGUCGACGACCUUCUCCCAGUGGUAA